AUGAGUCGAAUUGCCCUCAAUGAACGGCGUCACAGCGCAGACUUUGGGUGGCGAGCAGACCAACAGCCUGAGGAGACACAGGAGCCAAAGUCUUCCAGCUCCAAGCACGCAGUGCAGCAUGCAGGCCACUGCUCCAAUGCCUCUACUCCAACUGUGACGAUGAGCCAUUUCGGCAGUGAAGCCGACGGUGACUGGCAGUUGCAGGCCAUGCGGCUGGAAAACAAAGAAGUGGAUCUUCGUUGCUCAGAAACUGAAGCGAUGAUCCAAUCGAAAGUACGGCAGCUGCAAAGAGGCCGUGAGCAACUCAUAAAGGAGCAGAAGCAGCUGCAAGAGAUGCAGCGUGCGCUCAAAAAGCGGCAGAUGCAUGAGCAACAGGUCUCACUUGAGGCGAUGCAAGACGAGGAGCAAUACAUAUUGCACACAGAUGUCAGAGAGCCACAUGUUUCUCAGAAGAGUCCUCUCAGUGAGUGCAAAGGCCUAGCCGCGCAGUACGCUGCCCUACAGCAGCAGCGAGUGGUCGCCCUGCAUGCAGCGCAGCGUGCAGAGGACGCCCAGCAUCGACUAGAGGAACUGCAGCGCAGUGAGGCAGCGAGCCUUGCUACAAGUUCAGCCGAGAGGAUGCAAAGCUUAGAAGCACGGCUCAAGGCCCACGCGACGGAAGCUGAACGCUUGGUGGAUGCCGCUGAAGAAGCUGGCCGGGAAGAGAUACGCAAGGUGCUUGCUGAAGGCUUUGUGGGUUUGCGAGCAGCUGCAAAGCUGGGCUCAAAGCAGUCUAGCUAUUGGACGGCUGAGGCAGAGUUUGCUGCAGUGGAAAGCAAAGUGGAGGAGCAAGCAGAAGCUGCCUGGUCAGAGGCCUUGAAGAACCAGCUUGCCGCCAAGAAACAAAGGCAGUUAAGAGCUGAGUUGGAAAUGCAGGAGAAGCAGCGAGUGGAGCGCCUUGAGACUUUGCAAAUGGAGAAACGUGAGGUGCUCCUUGAGGAAGAGGCGCAGAAGAAAGCUCGACUAGAGUUCCGGAAGGAGCUGAAGGCAGAGCUUCAGGAAGCUGAAAGUGCAUGGCUUCAAAAAAUGGCUCCCAUUUGGCGAGAGGAGUCAGAGGAGGUGAAGCGCAGAGUUCGCUCUGUUGACUUGGAGAUGCAGCAACAGCAGCAUCGCAUGCACAGCUGGUACGCAGAGGAAUCAGCUGCAUUGGCUGCCCGGGAAGAGGAACGAGCGGAAGCCUGGUUGAAUCAGGUCUGGGCUCGUGCCGAGGCUCAGGCUGAAAAGGAGGUUCACUCAGUACGAUCCAUGCAGCAGCGUUUGGUGCAGUGCUUGGAUAUUCCAAUCCAACCGCAUGAUGGGGCCCGUGAGGUGCAAUUGCAGCAACGAGUCUGGCAUGUCGAGGCCCUGGCAGAAGAGGCAGCUGCACGGGAGGUUGCUGGCCGCCAGGCUGAGGCAGAGGCUUGUGCAACUGCCAUAGAGGAACUAAAGGCAGCGCAUGAGGCUGCCUGCAAUGAGCAGCUGGCUUGGGCUGAAGAACAACACAAGGGGCGCUGCAAAGAGCUGGAAGAGCAAGGAUUGGAAGCUGCACGGCGAGAAAGCCAGGAGCAAGAAAUGCGGUACCUGCAAGAAUUGCAGACUGCAGAGCGCACUCGUGAUGAGGCACUGGAAGCAGUUGAAGCGCUGAAGAAGAGGACUGCGGCCUUGCAGGAGGAAGAGUUGGCCACUGUAGCGCAGAUGGAAGAGCACAUCAUUGCUCAAGCUGCUGAGCGGCGUCAAGCUUUGCUUGGACACCAUUGGACAAUGCUCCAUGGACAUGCUCCUGGUCAUUUAGCAGGCAACGCAUCUGCCAGUUGCUCAUCAAGUGGUCGAACCCUGCAACGACCUGAAGGUCUCUCUGGCUGGAGUUGGAACAACGACUUCCCCAUUGUGAGUGAUGCCUUCGACCGGGAGGUCUUGGGCGUUGGCGGUGGGCACGGUAUCUCGAGCGCAGCAUCAGCAAUGCGACUUCUUGAGAGCUGGGAGCGAGAGUACGGUGUUUUGGAUGGAAUCAUUUCUGUGGCAUCGCAGAGCAUCGCAGUGCCUUGA